AAAAACUGGCUGCGGUGCGUGAUACGCUGAUAGAAUAUUCCCUCGCAUGUCGACAGUUGAUAGCCUCCUCCCAAAAUGGCCGAAUCUACUCAGCGCGUGAACAUCGUUCCAUUUCCGUCAAGGCCUCGCGUCUUCAUUUUGACCGACAUCACCAACGAGCCCGAUGAUGCCCAGUCGUUCUGCCGAUAUCUGACCUACUCCAACCAGUUUCAGACCGAGGGAGUUGUCGCCUGCACAUCAAUAUGGCUCAAGGACAAGGUUGCGCCCGAGAAUUUGUUUCAGAUUCUCGACGGAUAUGAGCCUGUGGUCGAUAAUCUCAAUGCCCACGCCCACCCACAGUUCCCUUACCCGUCUGCGGAUUAUAUGAGAAGCAUCGUCAAGCCCGGGCCUCCGGUAUAUGGCAUGGAGGCGGUUGGAGAUGACAUUCCGCUGAGCGAGGGAGGCAACCUCCUGUUGGAAAGGAUUAUGGCUCCCUCUGACGAGCCACUCUGGGUCCUUGUCUGGGGCGGCACAAAUGUGUUGGCGCAAGUGCUCAACAAGAUCCGGGAUCGUCCAGACGCAGCGACGCUACGAUCAAAACUGCGCGUAUACACCAUCUCUGACCAAGACGACUCCGGCGCCUGGAUCCGACAGCAAUGGCCAGAUAUCUUCUACAUCUGCUCUGUGCACGGCUGGAAUCAGUAUGGGAUGUCUACGUGGGUAGGCAUCUCGGGUGCCGUUGACCAGGACGGUCCCGAUUCGUCCAAGGUCGCCAAGGAAUGGCUCAAGGAGCACAUCCAGGUCGGACCGCUUGGUGCUCAAUAUCCCGACCUCGAGUUCAUCAUGGAGGGAGACACGCCCACGUUCUUGUAUCUGAUCCAAAAUGGCCUGAGCUUCCCAGAGCGACCUUCGUACGGCUCCUGGGGUGGCCGUUAUGUUCCGGUCAACGUCAGCGCCAAGGGAACUGCGCAGUGUCACUAUGCCGAUACUUUCGACACUGUCAAGGGAAUGGAUGGCCGGAUGUAUAAAUCCAACAAGGCCACCAUCUGGCGCUGGAGGAGUGCCUUCCAGGAAGACUUUGCGGCACGCAUGCAAUGGACUCUGACGGAUGAUUUCACAAAGGCCAAUCAUCAUCCUGUCGUUGCUGUCAACGGCGAUAUCGGGAUCACUCCUUUCCGCCUGGAUGCAGACGCCGGCUCAACUGUCACCAUCGACGCAUCAGACACGUACGAUCCGGAUGGCGACAAGCUUUCAUUCAAGUGGUUCCAGUACAUCGAGCCGAGUGCCGAGCAAACAUACCACCCUCCUGAAGUAUCUCAUCUUGAGAUCAAGACGCUCAACGAGAGCGGCAGCAAGGUCGAGGUGACGAUUCCAGGGCCUGAGAAGUCUUGUAUCCUCUUCCGAGAGAAGAAGCAGAUCGAGCGUGGCCUCUUGCUGCACUUGAUUUUGGAGGUCACGGAUAGUGGAACACCCGCUUUGACAAGUUACCGAAGAAUUCUUAUUCAACCGGUCAACAAGAAUUUCAAGUAAUGUAAUGCAGAUGAGCUAGAUAGAUUACUGGUGAAAGCCAAAUAGACUGUAUUUCUG